CACUAGUGGCCUCGGCGAGGACAGGAAGUCGGCGGCUUGUCGAAUGUCCCCUGUUUGCCUUGAUACUCUUUUUCCAUUUGGAAAAUUAUAUUAAAUACAUUAUAUAGUAACAUGCUACUUAGGCUCCCCGGCUUGAUGCCUUCUUUUAAUAAUUACUCGUAUAGGAACAUCACCUGCAAAUACAUGGAAUUGAUUACACCCGUUUUGCAACCAGUCACAUGUCACCCACAUUGCUGUACUAACUACGCCCACUUUCCCAACGUUAUGCUAUUGAAUUGUCCAGGAUGUUUAUUGGUUAAAGCUACGCGGCCGGCCCGGGCAGGGAACACGUUCACAUCAGGUUGCAUGUAGUGGGUGUGCCGUGAUCACACAUCACUCAUGUGCACAUCGCCGGGAGCUGCCCCAGCCCUCCGUGGUACAUUCCCUUCAGUGGCCAUUGUCUAGUAGAGGUGCAGUGCAGUCCAGUGCAGGACUCUGGCAGGAAAAUAUAUCAUGAUUGGCAAAACAGAUUUCCCUGAUGUUUUACCACCUCCACCAAGUCCUCCUACUGUGAAAGCUCUCCUUGGACCCACACAUUUAUCAUCAGACAAUGUUGACACUGCAUCAAAUAUUUCCAUUGAUGCUAAUGAUUUUAAUGACCUUAGUAAUAAUUGUAUUAAGAUUAGUUGGCAGUCAACAGCAUUGAGUGCAGGACAUCAGAUAUAUAGUCCAAGUAGUAGUUGUUCUUCUGUGUCGAUGACUCACUCGGAACUGCUUGGUUCAAGCGAAUACUCUUUGACAAACAAAGAUUGUCAGGAUCUCUAUCCAUUAUUAGAAUUUCUGGAUGGUAAAGAGGUUAUAACCCUAACCACUUCUAACAUAAUAUCAAAUAAAAAUACUCUGUCAACAUCCACGCCAGGGUUUAAUUUAGUUAAUUCUAUUCCUACUUCAGUUGGAAAGAGCAUCUCUUCCAGUUCUGAGAAUCAUAUAAAUAAUAUUGAUCCUGUGAAGAUAAAGUCUAACAUUGAUGUUUCUACAGCAGUAGAAAAUGAUGCAUCACAUUUAUUAACGCCAGAUAUCUUUGCGUCAGCACCUUCAUGUUCAAAUAGUGGUGCUUCUUCCACUGAAUUUGAAACCAGUUCAGAUUUACCAUUAAAUACUCCAGUGUAUACUCAAGAGGAAGAAAUGCAAAGAAAGCCAUUUGUUUUGGAACAAAGUAGUCUUAUUACAACUUGCUCACAAAAAGUACAAAUGAACUGUAAUAGUUCAAAAUACAAAGAUAGUUAUUCAGGGUCAGAUAUUCUUCUAACUCCUGAUAGAUUUGAUUCUGCAUAUCGUAAUGCAAUCAAAAAUGAAGAGAGACUAUGCAACUCUAGCUGUCUUUGUCGAUUGUGUGUUCCUAGUGCCCUUGAAGCUGAUCUUAUGACUUAUGACUUUGAAGACGACAUUGAGCAAGAUUUGAAAGAUAUAGAGAAAAUGGAAGAGGAGGAUAGCAGAAAAGAAGAAAGGCAGACGCAACAUCAAACUGCUUCGUCUUAUGGCGGCUGCCGACUUCCUCCAAUUGGUGUCUUUUGGGAUAUUGAAAACUGUCAGGUACCAAAAGGGCUUUCAGCUACCCAUGUUGUCCAGGCCAUUCGAGCACGGUAUUUUAAUGAGCACCGUGAAGUGGAGUUUAUGUGUGUUUGUGAUACGCUAAAAGAAAACUCAAAAAUUCUUGAAGAACUGAAUGAUGCUCAGGUGAAUGUGAUGCAUGUGGGAAGUACUGUAAAAAAUGCAGCAGAUGAUAAACUUCUCCAGAGUAUGCGGCGGUUUGCUGAUAUCCACGGGCCUGGUGCUACAAUUGUACUUAUCUCAGGGGACUCUAACUUUGCUACAGAACUUUAUGAUUUAAGAUAUAGAAAAAAUCUUCGUGUGAUAAUAGUGCAUAAUGCUCAUGCUCAAGACUCGCUUAAACUCUGUGCACAUGAGACAGCCUUGUUUUCUGAAGUCACCCAGGAACUACCUCAGAGAUCUAAACUUAAGGGUAUUGGUUUGCGGCGAGAUAUUUCCAUCCGGAAUUUACCAGAUGGGAUUGAAGAAUCUGCUAUCCGUCGUCGCCUUAAUAUACUGUCAGCCAACUGCGGUGGUAAAGUGGGACGUGUUCGAGCAAAUUGUGCAACAGUUUACUUUCAGACACCUGACUUGGCAACACGGGCCAAGAAGAGGUUAGAUGGUGAAGACGUGUUUGGAAACAAAAUCUAUUGCAGCUUUGGCAAAAGUUUGGAAAAAGAAGGCUCGCCAAAAAUAAACAGUGGCAAGUUUCAACACUUCUCGCGUGAUAGGGAAACUGAAAUUCCAGAGUGUGGGAUCACAAGUGGCUUUCACUUUACUCAGAGCACUUCACAACAAGCCAUGGGAGAGAUGGGCACAGAUAGUCUACCAUGGCAGAUAAGAGAUCCUCUUAAUGAUGCUCCACCAUUGCACCAGCCCUAUUCAGCUUUCAAAAGUUAUGGAAAGACACUGUCAUCACCUGUCACAUCAGAGCAGCAAUAUAAUUCACAAAGAAUGUGGAAAAACAGUGGUUGCAAAUCUCAAAGCCAAUCAUCUGUUGGUGUAAAUGGAAGCUUUUCUGGAAUUUCCCAAGACUACAGUUUACAUAGUGCUGGAGAAAGUGUUCCCAACAAUAUUGCUGCCCAACCUUUGUACUUAGAUAAAACACCAGAGAAAUUCAAAAAAGGCCGUUCGCAAAAAGUGCACUUCAGGAUGAGUUCACCACCAAGCUUCUCUUUAAGUACCAGAAUAUCCGAUUCAUAUGCCCUAGACAGUACCCUCAGAUUGAGGAGUCCAUCUCCACUACUUACUACCUGGAGUGGAAUCAGUCCUGUGAAGCAUACAUGGAGUCUUCCAACCACCGCAGAGUUGCAAGGUCAAGUUCUUUGUGGUUUACGGGAGUUGUCUUUGACAGAUGGAACAACUAUGGAAACAAGUUUGGGAAGUGCUUCACAAGUACCUGUGGAGCUGCAAGUGACUAAUUUGGACCAAAAUAUUGAUGCAAGAGAGAUGAAACGCAUACUCUUCACAAUAUUCAGGGACCAUGUCAUGGUAUUACAUGUUUCGGUGUUUGUGCAGUCAGAUGGGAAUUUGGCUGCAACCUUGAGAGUACCGUCACAACAGGAUGCACAAUAUGCAAUAUCUCAGCUACACAGAAAAAAGAUUGGUGCAAAAAGAAUAAUCAUAUCAUAUGUCAAUCAUAAUCAACCUUCUCCAGAACUGAAGAGGUCUAAAGUUAUAGCCCUUCUUCAUGAAGUUCCUGGAAAGAAACUUCCUUUGUUCAAGUUCCGUGAACUGUACGAAAAAAGGUUUCAUGAGACUAUAGGAGUAUCUGAAAUGUAUAAUAUGAGGGAUAUUGUGACUGUUUCAGAUAACAGUACUGGUAGAAUGGUAUCCCUACAUCCUGAGUUCAGACAUAUUAACUCUCCAGUCAUAACUGAAUCUACUGAAGAAGCUGAUGGAAACAUUUCCAGGUACUGUAAGGCACACAGUCUUGGUCCAGAUGAAUCGGUAGGAUGGGCAGAACGUGAUCAGAAUGCCAGCCUCCCAAAUGUUAACAUGACAUUGCGGGCUCUGGCUGCUAGCAUUCACUCUUUGUUGCAGUCUCACUCGGGAUCUCUUCCGCUAGCUAGCUUGGUUGAGUGCUAUCAUGCAGAAAUUGGUCCCCUUGAAGAAUGUGAUGAUGGUGUACCUCUUGAGCAUCUGGUCUCAUGUUUACCAGGGGUGUGUAUAUUGACAGCAGCUAUAGGUUUUAAAUAUAUUCAGUGGGUAGAGAACACAACAACUGAUGAGGCAGAAGAAUUGGCCCGAUGUGUAAGUCCUCCUCUAGUAGGACAGCUGGCACUCUUCUCACGUGAACUUGUAGACCUACUAAAGACAUUUCCUCAUUGUCGACUUCCUUUUUCUCGUUUUAUUCCUGCCUAUCAUCACCACUUUGGACGGCAGUGCAGAGUCGCUGACUAUGGAUUCACUAAGCUUGCCGACCUUUUUGAUGCUCUUCCUCAUAUUAUCCAAGUAUUGGGAGAUGGAAACAAGCGAAUACUUACUCUAGCCCAUAAAUCACAAGUGAAGCGCUUCUCUUCGGAUCUCUUGAGAGUUCUGAAGGGUCAACCCACUAAAGCUAUAACUCUUGAAGUCUUUCCUAGUGCCUAUGAGAAAGCACUUACAAGACCCUGGAAUGUCAUUGAUUAUGGAGUGUGUGAUGUAGAGGACCUAUUGACUGAAGUUAGUGAAACUACUGUAAUUGUCACCAGGUCAGGAACUGAAACUACAAUAGCUAUUCCCAAACGAGAACAAACUCCCGAAGAAAUAGAAAGAACUCGGCAAUUUGCAGCAGAAGUGGUGGAGCUCCUGCGUCACUCUCCACAGUGCAAGAUGCAGUUCAAUAGGUUUAUACCUGCUUAUCACCACCACUUCGGAAGACAAUGUAGAGUAGCAGAUUAUGGCUUUGGCAAGCUGAUUGAACUCUUUGAAGCCAUUCCAGACAUCUUACAGGCAUAUGAUGAUGAAGAAGAUGGUGAAAAACAGCUUCAGCUUGUGGAGCGUGAACGUGUAAGAGUGUUAGGGGACCAGGUUGGGGCUGUUGUUAGAGGAGCUCCACGUCAAGCCAUUAGGAUCACUGCCCUCAUUCAAGUAUUCACACGUUACUAUGGCUAUUCCCUUAAACCCAACCAUUAUGGAUCAAAUUCUUUAGAAGAACUUAUAGGGAAACUAAGGAACCAUGUCAAGUUGAUUGAAACUGGAGAUGAGCCAGUGGUAACAUUAGUGGAUCGUGGUUAUGUACACGAAGUAAUGCUAAAGUCACGACAACUCCUCUGGGAUGAACCUUCUUGUUGUCUACCUUUAGAAAAGUUUGUACAGUCUUACACAGACUGUUUCAAUCAUCCUCCCAACUUAGAAGUUAUAAGAAGGGAUUUGGAAGAAGUAUUAACUAUUGAAGGUGAAGCGGAGGAUAGCAAAAUAUGCCUUGUAGCGUUGCAGAUAUUUGCGCGGGAUCUGUUAACUCUGCUGCAUGAGGCAGGAGGUCGCAUGCUGCUUUUGAAUUUUGAUACUGCAUACCUUGACAGAUUUGGUGUUGCAUGUCGUCCAGCAGCAUACGGAUUCCCGAAUAUUGUUGCCCUUGUCCAGGCACUUGGGGAUCUAGUAGCAGUUCGGGGUCGAGGGACAAAGAGGAUUCUUGUUCUAAACCGCGACACUGCACCAUCACCACCAUUCUUCAACAUAAAUGCUAAUAGCACAAAUCUUUAUAGUGAAAGUUUAGAUGAGCAAGAGAAUGGCCCAUGUCAACCACCACCGGCCUCCCAGCUACCUCCACCCAGCAAGGUUCCUUCACCUCCUCACUGUGACUAUCAGCACUUUUUGCAGGACACCAAUUCUAAUAAUCACUUAGUGAUGAGUGUGAAUCCUGCAACACCUCAGCAGCCAUACCAGUCAUCACCACCUGUGAUGUACCCUGGCUCGCCUGCACCAACAGGAGGGUCUGUGAUGUGGGGUCAGAUGUGGUCACCACAGUACCCAGUUAUGCCACCUUUAUCACCAGCUCAUUACAUGGUACCAACAAUUCCAAUGAGUUGGGGAAAUGUAGCAGCCUCCCCACUUGGUGCUGUAAACUCUACCAGCCCUCCUGCCCAGCUGCUAAACACCAUGGUGCCCCCAAUCUCCAUACAAAUGCUCGAUGAACUCUCCAAACAGGGAGGUAAUGAGAUUGCAGACUUUGCUUCCCCUCCAAAAGCUAGUGAAUUGCCAUCUCCAGAGCUGUUUACACAGAUGCCUCCAGAGUCAACACCCGACACUGCUCCUGUCAGUGGUGAUCUCCCACAGACAAACCUACCUAGUUGUGGGGAGGAUGAAGCCGAUGAUACAUGGUCCAGCUGCAAUAGUGACUCUAGUAAAGUUGAUGCUUCCAACACGUCUAAUCCAUCUGCUCCCAAACUUCGUACAAAGAGGAGGAUAGCUGCUCAAUUUACUGCAAGUUAAAAUCAUUUGAUAUAAUUUAAUUGUUCUAAUACUUUUCAUUUUAUAAUUUUUUUAGGGGCCUAAUCAUGUGUACAGCAAUAUAAAGCUCCUAAUGUAUAUUAAAAAGACUAUAAUAAGUGUAAUAUUGUUCAAAUUUGUUUCUUAUAAGCAACUUGUGGGGAAAAUGGAUCCGUCCAUCCUUUUGUGUUUUAUGCUAUUAGAGUAUUGGUUGAAUAAUAAACUGACACUAAUUAUGAUUAUUGAUUUUCAAUAUUUUAUUUAAUGGGCAUCUAAUACAAAAGUUGCAUAAUAUUUGUAUAUGAUAUUGCUUAUUACAGAACUGAGUACAGUAUGUUUCCAUGUUUUCCUUUUUAUUAAAUGAAUUGGAAUUGUUAUUCUUUGGGCAUUCACUUAGCUAAUCUAAUUUGGCAAAAUUUAUUUAAGCUUUAAUUUUACUACCUAGAAAAAGUUAAAUAAAACUUUUUAUAAAUAAAAAUAAAUUAAUAAGAGUUUUUAAGAUGAAAAUAGUCACCAGGGUGUGGAUUACAUUACAAUAAUCAUUCCUCACACAAGAGAGCAUUGUAUUUGCAAAUUUGACUACAUAAGUGCUUGUACAGUGAAUGGAGACUUGAAUAAUUGGGGGUAGUUUAGGAGGGAAGAACAAGGGCAGCUUGAGGGCUAGGGAAAUGUGAAGCUUGGGGUACAAAGUUCUUAUCAACUGUGAUUAUAUUGAUUUUGUGUGCUUUGUUAAUAUUUUGAUAGAUUAUUUUUAUAUUUCCAUUUCAUGCUUUUUUGUCAUGAAAGUUUUUGUAAUGUUGUUACUAUACGUAGUAUUGUGCUUCAUGGGAAUAUAAUAAAGAAAUAUACCUUUAACUUGUGGCAGAUUUAAAGCCUUUUGUAAAUUCAUGCUGAAAUUAAUGCUCUCCAUAAUCAUUAAUGUCAGAAUAAUGAAUUACAUAUAACCAAUUGUAAAAAUAAUACAUUAAAAAAUUUUGGAAGUGUUAAUUUAUCGGAACGCAAACUUUUAAGUGCCAUGUUUAUAAGUCUAUAAAAUUUCCAUGUGGCUCGUUUUAAGCCUACAAACUAUAAGCAUUUAUAUACUUUUUUUACCAGUGAAUAAAACAUUUUGAAGCGAUUGUUUUUUCCUGACUAAUGUUGAUAAUAUUUAACAGGAAAGGUUUGUGAUAAUCAUUUUGAUGGUUUAUUUGUUUAGUGACUACCUCUUGUUACUCUUAGUUUUGACAUGACCUGACAUGCUGCUCUCGUACAUAAUUAAGUCUCCAUGCAUUACAGAAUUUGCAGUUUUUGUAUGUUAUUAUUUUUUUGUUAAUGUUUAAUGUGCUUCAGUAUUUAUAUUUAAAAAAUGAAUUACUGUAGUCAUUUUCAAUAUCAUUGAACUUGAUACUGUCAACAUUGUUGCCAUUAUCAGCCUAUAGGUUGGUCAGUUUUGUCACGUUAUUGUCAAAGUGUUGGUUGUGGGGUUCUCAGUGCUACACUGAAACAUUCCUUACUGUGGAAGUUGAAAUAAAAUUGUUAAUUA